AUGUGGAAGCCUACCCUUCUCCUCCUCUUAACGGUGUUCAUCCCUUCCGUGUCACCAACCUCCGACGAGGAUGACGUCACCGAAUACGAGAAGGACUUCCAUGAGUUCGACCAGGACGCCGACGGGGUGAUUGAUGCCCAAGAGAUCAGGAGCCUCUACACUGGAGAUCUCCGACCACAGGAGCUCGAUGCUUUCAUUCGUGAGGUUGAUGUCAACCAAGAUGGUUUGAUUACCUACCCCGAGUACAUCGACUAUGCUAUGGUGAACUUCUAG